GUGGCGCUUACCAUGGCUCUGAGGAAGUAGUAGCCAGGUCCCUGUGGCCUCUAGGCGCAUGGGUGGCCGGGCGGCUCUGCACGGCGUGCACUGCCUUUGUGUCUCCAGGUGCUGACCUCUGGAGCUCCCAUUGGUCACAGUUCCCGGCCAAUAGGAGCUGCGGAGCCGGCAUUGAGGGGGGGCAGUGUGCAGAGCCUCCCAGUCCCUGGCCACCCCAGUGCUUAGGGGCCACAGGAACCUGGUGGUCACUUCCGGGACCAGCACAGACCAAGGGCAGGUAGGGAGCCUGCCUUAGCCCUGGUCCCCCGCUGCACUGCUGACCGGACUGUUAGCCCGGUCGGCAAUGCUGACCAGAGCCGCCAGGUUCCCUUUUUGACCGGGUGUUCCGGUUGAAAACCAGAUCCCUGGCAACCCUAUUUCCAUGGUGCAAUUUUCUCAGAGCACCGCCAUUCAAGCUGACUGAUGGUGCGCAUUCACAGCACUGCUCGUCGGCUUAGCGUUCUGCAGACAAUGACACACACACAGAGCUAUCAGGCCGGAUAGAAUUAUCCUCUUUUCAGAGAUGGAGAAUUGAAAUUCAAAGGGUCCGUGACUUACCCAAGGUGUCACUGCUAGGAUUAGAACUCAGGAACUUCUGGGUCCCCAGCCUGUCCUUGGACUGCUGCUGCAUGCCUCUUCUCCGCCCCUUUAAGAACUCUCAGAUGAGAUGUCAAUCACCAGUAACUCUUCCUGUUGGGGUGAAAGCUCUGUGCAGACAACUCCCACCACUGAAAGGCUCAAACUUGCGGUUCUGGAAUAGCAAGUAUCAGAUAAAUACUUCUUUAUUAACAGUGGAGGGAGUUACGUGAACUGUGAGCAGGCAGGGGAUGGCCAAGGUGGCCCAAGUGUUCCUUUCCAGAGCUGGGUUCAUGAUUCUGUUGGUAGUCACAGUAUGCCAUGAAGUUAAACUUUUGUUCUUAUUAUGGGGCUCAUUGCUGUGCCUCCUCACGUACGGUGACAGUGACUGACAGUUCUUUCUGAACACAGGAAUAUGUAAUUGUUAUGUAUGCAGACAGUCAUGGGCGUGAUAAGGAAGUUACAAGCUACAGUCAAAUGGAAGUGCCAUUGUGUUCACUUAACUUACAUGUACAAAUAUCCCAUUGUGUGCACCCAGUUUUCUCAUUUGAUGCACACAUGAGCACUUGGACACAUAAUUGGUCCUGGCACAUGCAAACACCAGAUCUGGGUGGGCUUACUGGGCACUUCCAUGGGUGACUAGGUGUGUGCAAAGGUGUGUUCGCUGUUGGAUGUGCUGCACUUUGAAAAUCUGGCUAAAACCUUUACUUUUUAGAGUUCACCAGACGGUGACUUGUUCUCCUUUGUCACCAACUGGAGCCAGGCACCAAGCUGUGGAAGCCAAAAACUCCUUGUAGUUCUUAUUGAAUCUGCUCUUUAUACUUCUGCUAGGUAUCUGAGUAGCACAGGGGUUGGUAUGUUUCUGAUCUGAAUCUCUAAUGCUACUUCUUGGAAUUAAAAGGAGUUUUGCAAUUUACACUGACUUUGUAAUGAAAAAGUGAAAUACGAAUAGAAAGGUCAGAUCUAAAGAACUGGACAGAGAGGAAAGCAGGACAGGAAAACACUGGGGAAACCGAGGGUUAUAAUAGCAAUAGCAUGAGAACAGUAGUGGCUGUUAUAUGAUCAACUGUAGGUAACAUAAAGACGCUAAAGCAGUGGUUCUCAACCAGGGGCACGUGUACCCCUGGGGGUAAUCAGAGGCCUUCCAAGGGGGGACAACUCAGCUAGAUAUUUGCCUUGUUUUACAACAGGCCACAUAAAAAGCACUAGCGAAGUCAGUACAAACUAACAGUUCAUACAGAUGCUGACUUGUUUCUACUGCUCUCUGUACGAUACACGGACAUGUAAGUACAAUGUUUAUAUUCCAAUUGAUUUAUUUUAUCAUAUGGUAAUGAGAGAAAAAACAAUUUUUCAGUAAUAGCGUGGCUGUGACACUUCUGUAUUUUUAUGUCUGAUUUUGUUAGUUUUUAAGUGAGGUGAAAUUUGGGGGUACACAAGACAAAUCAGGCUCUGGAAAGGUUGAGAACCUCUGCACUAAAGAGACCCCUGCAGAUGGAAACAUGGAAGCUCACUGGAUAUAGACAAUCUGUUGAAGGUUAAUGGAAAAUGAAGCAAUUACAGGAGCUGGCCGUUUGUUUCAGUCUCUGGUUACUAAAUGCAAACACAGUAUAAAAAAGAAUUCAUCCCUAACCAGCUUCAAUCACUGCAGCUGUAAAGAUACAGGUUCUCGUGAAUAUUUGCACAGUAAACUUUGCAUACCAGAUAAGAAAAUACUUAACCAACUGCAGAGAAAUAAGAGUUUAAAGCAGGUGGGUAGAGCUGAUUGGCCUUUCAUCAGCUCCUAAGCCAGAGCAGGUUAGUUAGACCUGCCCUCGUCUACAAAUAAAUCAGUUACUUUCCUGUUAGGCUGCAAUGUUUUUUAAUCCACCUGGGUUUGUGAAGGAAAUCUGAGUGCUAUUUACACAGCUGCAAUUUCUCUGUGUUCUUUCCCAGUUUUUAGUCAGAGUGGGUGAGAAGAAGGUGACUUCCUCAGCAUGGGCGGCUCUGCCAAUUUUGCCGCCCCAAGCAGUUGCCGCUGAAUGGCCACCGCCACAACAGCAGCGGAGCUGCCGCCCAAAAGCCGCUGUGGCGGGAAAAGCGGCGGAGCUGCUGCCGAAUUGCUGCCACGGGACACGGAGCUGCCGCCCCAUUCUAAUUGCCGCCCCAAGCACCUGCUUCAAAGCUGGGGCCUGGAGCCGGCCCUGUUCCUCAGAAAUCUCUUGCAGACAGAGGCAAAAAUCCCUGAAAUGGGUCAGAGAAACUAAGUUUCUUUUGGAUGAGGCAGAAAACUGAGGUCAUGGUGACCUGUGGUUAUUAGAGCCCAUGAAACACCUUGCAAGCAGAGAGGAAGUGAGCUGAGCAGUGCCUGCGGAGAGAAUGCUUCGUUUGAUCAGGACUAGACUGAGUGCCAGCUGGUGGAGGCAACUUUGGGCACAAGCUCUGGCUACGCCCCACUUCAGACUGACAUCGCCUCCAUACUAUAUAACACAUCAAAAAGGGAGAUACUCAAGUAAAGCGAACAAGGAAUCCACAUCCUUUGUCAUGAACCUGUUCAACGGGAAGCUUGUACCUGACAAUGUUUUUCCUUUUCCCUCAGUGCUCUCAAUGGAGCAGAUGCAGUUCCUGCAAGCCCUGGUAGAUCCCUGCACCCGCUUCUUCAAGGAGGUCAAUGAUCCUGUGGAGAACGAGAAGCUGGAGAGCAUUGAGAAGACCACCCUGGCGGGGCUGAAGGAGAUGGGAGCCUUUGGGCUGCAGGUGCCUGAGGAGCUGGGGGGAGUUGGGCUGACAAACACCCAGUAUGCUCGGAUGGUGGAGGUGGUUGGAGUGCACGACCUUGGUGUGGGCAUAAGCCUUGGUGCUCAUCAGUCAAUCGGCUUUAAGGGAAUCCUGCUCUUUGGGACCCAGAGUCAGAAGGAGAAAUACCUGCCCAAGCUAGCAUCUGGAGAGACCAUCGCUGCCUUCUGCCUGACGGAGCCGUCUAGUGGCUCAGACGCAGCAUCUAUUAAAACCCUUGCAGAGCUCAGCGAGUGUGGGAAAUUCUACACGCUGAACGGCGGGAAAAUAUGGAUCAGUAAUGGAGGGAUAGCUGAGAUCUUCACAGUGUUCGCCAAGACCCCGAUAAAGCAGCCAACAGGGGAAGUGAAGGACAAACUCUCAGCCUUCAUUGUGGAGAGAGCGUUUGGGGGCGUGACCAGUGGCCCCCCGGAGAAGAAGAUGGGGAUCAAGUGCUCCAAUACAGCUGAAGUGCACUUUGAUAACGUGAAGGUGCCAGCAGAAAAUCUGCUCGGGGAGCUUGGAAAAGGCUUCCUGGUCGCCAUGAACAUACUGAACAAUGGGCGCUUUGGGAUGGCCUCCGCCCUGGCAGGCACCAUGCGUGGAGUGAUUGUCAAAGCCGUUGAUCAUGCUGCUAAUCGUAAGCAGUUUGGAGACAAGAUCAGCAACUAUGGGGCUAUUCAGGAGAAAGUUGCACGGAUGGCCAUGCUGCACUAUGUUACGGAGUCGAUGGCCUACGUGGUGAGCGCCAACAUGGACAUGAAGGUGCCUGAUUACAUGCUUGAAGCUGCAAUCAGCAAGAUUUUUGCCUCAGAAGCAGCCUGGCACGUCACAGAUGAGUGCAUCCAGGUCCUUGGAGGAAUGGGAUACAUGCAGGAAGCUGGUGUCGAAAGAGUCUUGAGGGACCUGAGGAUUUUCCGCAUUUUUGAGGGCACCAAUGACAUCCUUCGCUUGUUUGUGGCACUGACGGGCGUUGAGUAUGCUGGGGUCCAGUUAAAGAAUCUGCGAACAACUGUCAUGAAUCCAUCAGGGAAAACUGAGACCAUCCUAAAAGAUAUCGGGAUGAGAGCAAAGCGUAAAGUUGGGAUUCCCACUGGCUUGUCUCUGGAGGGAAUCGUUCACCCAGGCCUAGACAACAGUGCAUACCUGGUGACAAGGGCCAUUGACCUGUUUGGUGAAGCUAUUGAGAGCCUCCUGCUGAAGUACGGCGAGAAGGUGAUAGACGAACAGUUUCAUCUGAAACGCGUGGCCGACGCUGCCAUUGACAUCUAUGGCAUGGCUGUGGUAAUCUCCAGGGCCAGCCGCUCUCUGUCUCUGGGACAACCCACCGCUGAGCACGAGAAGCUCUUGUGUCAAACGUGGAGCCACGAGGCAUUUGAGCGAGUGAGAGAGAAUCUCCGAGCAGUGAAAUCGUCUACGUGGAAUCAGUCCUUUGCUAACAUGAAGCUAAUAUCUAAUGCUGUUGUACGGAACCAAGGGAUCCUAGCCGCACACCCACUGGGCUUCUGAACAGAAAUGCUGCUUUGGUUGACAAUGAGCAACAGCUACAAAUCAAUCCUAUUAUAUAGAGAAAUAUUACAUGACACACAGUUGGCUUCUGUCUGUGAGAAGAGCCAACACUGUGCCACGGCGUCACUGCGAGGGGCCGUGCGUCUGUCCCACUCUCUGAGAACCCUGAGCACAUGGACAUAAAGGCCGCCCACUGUGGGUUGUUGGGGCAGCCUGCAUGCAUAGAAGCUCCCGGCCAUUCCUCCAUCCUGGUCAAGGAGAUUAAUUUGGGCCACAUGGGUUCCAGCUGAGGGCAGGUUUUAACUGCCUCUUGCCUGCACUCUUCUAGCCUGCUCCAGGGGUCCCGCUGAGGCCUUUGCGGAGGGAUAGAGAAGGUCACCCCAAGAUGCACUGAGCCAUGGCUGCUAGGUCCCCCCAUUGUGUCCGUGGUUCUCUGGGUGAAGGGGAGAGGAUCCUGGCUAAGUCAGUGCACACAGACUCCUGGCCAUCUCCCGGUCUUCUGCCUCGUCCAUCACCGAGGGUUGCUGUAGGGUGAGCCUGGGGCUGUUGUGAUCUUUGGCCGAGGGUUUUACUGACCCUGGCGCAGGGGACUGUGAGCUUCUCGCUGUCUUUACAUGCCACGUGAGGUGAGCUCUGUUUGGUGGGCUGGGAUCUGGCUGCGGGAGGUGCCUUCUCCAGCCAGGGCUGCGUGCAGCGUGGGCCUGCACGGGCAUGCUGGCUUUGGGGGUCAGUCUUGGUGACCGUCUCUCGGGGAGAUGCUGCCAGCUGCCUGCAGCUCAUGCAGAGAUUAGAUUCUGCCUGCUUGUGGGCUGGCGUCAAGGGGAGAGUCCAGGCAAGCAGCCCUCGUCCCUGUGAACUCGGGGACUACCUUGGCAGGGCUAGCUCAGGUCGUGUGUGAUGGACGUGGGCCCCGGAGCUGGAAACGAAGGGGCUGGUGUUCUGGGGGGCCACGUUCUCCAGUGUCUGGCGGGCACAUCCCUGCAGCUGUCAGCCUGCAGGCCUUAGGGGCACAGCCCAGUGACUCUCUGAGGCACACGUCCCUUGGGGCAUGUGCACUGGGGUUUGCUCACAGAGGGCUGCAUGGUAUCAGCGGUGGUAACGUUGUUGAGCACUGCUAAGAGGCUGCUGCAUUUCCAUGCUGGCUGGGCAAGCCCUGCUUCUGAUGUGUUGAGGGCUUGGUCCUCUUUGGCUGAGGUGAGCUGUGCACCCAGCCCCAGGUGCCGGGAGCAGCUGGGACCCUGGUGAUCUAAUUCAGCAGAGCUGAUUUAGGUCAGACACUAAUUAAAAUACUUCAUGAAUACUACCAUGAGAGAGACAGGGUGGGUGAGGUAUGUCUUUUACCUUCAUUAGCGCUGUGUGGCUCCAGAGCUUGCCUCUCUCUCCAACAGACAUUGGUCCAAUAAAAGAUAGUCCCUCCCCCAUAUCCUGGGAGUGACAUGGUUACACCCCCACUGCGUAUCACCCUGACUGUGUGAAAACAGAGAGGGAGGUGCUGAAAGCAGGCAGCCCCCAGGGGGAGCUCAGCAAGGCUGACACUCCAGAUCCAGUGAACCAAGAACACAAACCUGUUUCCUAAUCAGGUCCCACACGUUGGGCUCUGUGCUCGGUGGGAUGUUUCCCACUUGGACACUCAUCCGCCUUUGUCUCCUCCACAUUAAACAAUCGAGCACGUAUCAUUUGGCAGAUUUAAAUGCGGGCUCAGCCAGGGCUGCAGUCUCCCCCGCUCCCUAGGGGAGCCCAU